GUAAAAUAUUUAAUUGCUCUGUAAAGUCUGUGCUGUCGGUAAAGGUGUUUGUUCUGAUUUCUGAAGGCUCUUGGUGUUAACUGUUAUCGCAUGAUUUCGUCCGUCAUAGACGAACAAUUCGUGCUAUCGGAGAUAUUAACAUCUCAUGUGAAUAUAACGUUGUCUCACAUACAGAAAGCAGGCGUAAAAUCAUAUGGAUGUAUUUGAAUAGAACGCGCCACGGUCAAUAUAGUAACUGCAUGCAGUGACGUGCUUAUAGUGUGAAUGGGAAUCGUUAGGAGUAGAGCAUACGACGAGUAGUACUACAUUGUGUAUACAAUAAGUGUGCGAGUCAAUGAUCAUGAAACGUACAACAUAGGUGGAACAUCUACACCCACCACAUAUACCACCGCUGAUGUAAGACGAGUGGUAGGGAACAAUGCCUGCUUACAAGUCGUCGCAGACUAAUUCUUCGUUAGAGAAUCCUAAAGCGCAUAGAUUAAAAGAGUCUCACGGGCGUAUGGCUGGUAGUAUAAAGAACUGGUUUCGCAUACGGACUAAUACAAAUGCGGGCCAGGAUAAUAACGGUAGCAAUAAGCUUGUGCCCAUUACGGAUAAUGCAGACGCCAGCAGGAGCAGGUUCAUAGGUAAACUUGACCAGUCAGGUAGUGAUGAUAGGGCCAAGAGGUUUGAUCAGAAUGUUGCGGUUGGCGCUAAGUACGGGAUGCAAACCCUGGACGCGAGUGUGCGCGAGGUUAAGCAUCUGCAGUCGUUGGCGGGGCCUAAGCGUAGCAAUGCAGCCGCCUAUGCACACGCCAAUGAGUUCGAUAAACACGCUGAGCUGAAUGUGACUGAUGUGAGGAAUGGAUCGUACAGUAUGGAUCGGACUAGUACUAAUACUACCAGGUGCACGCUUGCACGGAAUGAUUAUUCCGUAGACAACAUGAUCUUAAACAGUAGCGGUCAAACCUCGCUGCAGAGUUACGCCUCGCGCAACUUCAGUGGAGACCAGAAUAGGGCCUCUUAUCAGAGCAAUGGGGAUGGUAAUUGCACCCACAACCUGAGCGAACAAACACCUCUAUCACAGCCACAGCAACCACAGCCACAUCCACAAUCACAGCAUAGUACUAUGAACCAUUCCGGGACGUCUAUGCGUGUGCGGAGUGGCGAGCUAUCAUUGGGAAACAUGUGUGCAAGUAGACGGAAUAGUACCGUUAGCAACGGCAGUACCUCGGCAGGCAGUGCUGUCAACACCAUACAUAAGUUAGACCUAUAUCGCCGGCAACUGGAGCGCGAUAUAGAGAAGGUGACGGAAGAUAAGUUCUUUCAAACGGGCGAGGGGGAUGCAGGGGCCAGUUAUACCACUCACAGAAACACAGACACAAAUACGAACGGCAACGACUCGAUCAUGAAUAGUGAGAUGGAUGGUUUUGCUACUGGGAAUGACCAAUCCUCCGGUGCUUUGUCGGCGAACGCACCCUUUUCAAUACAAACCAGGGGCGACGUCUCUUCACGCGUUGCCGAUAACGUACAGGCCGGACCCGUGAAAGUCCCUCUCAAGAGUAGUAAGGAUAGUUGGGGAGGUGCUAGUGAUCCUUCCAACCUCAAACAAUCAAUAAGCCGCGCGCGGGCCUACACAGAUCCAGAGGUGUGUGUAAAGUUAUCGGGAAACCCUCAGGAGUUCUCAUGUGUCUAUCACAAGGGUGUUGGUGGCAGCUUCACCUACAAGUACAAAGAGCUCAUUCUGACGGAAAGCAUCGCCACAUCGACGUUUGUGGUGUCCAAGAUCUACCGAGAUCGGAUUGGGCAGAAGUACGCGGGGGGCGGAUGGCAUCCGAAUGUCUUCCGUGAAGAGUCUCACCACAACACAGACCGCAAAGGGUCGCCCAUGGAGUUCAUAGCCGGGAGUAAGAACUACAUACGCGCCUGUAACACGAAGGAGUGGUGCUACAGCUGUGUGUCGCUGGCCUGUCUGAUCCUGGCCAACAAAUUCAUCCAGGACCAGGCCUAUUCAAACAGCAGCUGGAGUGAGUGGAGUGAGGUGCCUCUGGUGUAUUUGAAUAAGAUUGAGGAGGAAGUGUUGAUCGCCAUCGGCUUUGACCUGCACAUCUACAAGGAAGAGUUUGAUGCCGAGGCUGUCUUGUAUUUGACGAGUAUAGGCAAUCCCAACAGCACGCUGGUAUUCAAUGUAGAAGACGCGGAUAUCAAUACUGAUUCCAGCAAUAGCCCGGAGCGUGCGAGUGCCGGUGCCCUGACUGUAGGUACCGUACCUAUAGAAAUGGACAGUGAACCCACGAGGCGCCCACGGGGCAAGAGCGCCGGACACGCGGGGUGUAUUUCUAUGGCAACGGAUGCUAGUUUACAUUUAAAUGGCACCGUGUCAACGAGCGCCAGUCCGGAUCUUUUCACGGCCGGUUAUGACGAGAAACUCCUGUCGUACGUACCCGCAAAUGAGCACUACAUGACACAUUGCUUCCAACGGUCGCAAUCCCAGAGAAGUGGGACGGGAUAUGAUCAGGGGAGUAGUCAGACCCAAAAUGGGGAUGGGCUGUCUCCCCUGGAGGGUGAGGUAGACUCGCACUUAAACACCCGUUCACACAGCGUGCAUUCUUUGCCGCAACCGUACAAUUCAUAUCAGCUGCCAUACACACAGCAGCAAGGGCACCCGCCAACACAAUACACACAGGUGCAACGGCCAUGCGACGUCUUCGAUCAAGCCAAUAGCAGGGGGGGUGCCAUGUACUUUGAGCCUAGUUCUCAGGGACCCCCUCAGAAACCUGUGCACUAUAUAGAUCGACGCAGCCACACCACCCCCACGCAGGGCCAGUUCAGUCGCAUGGCGAAUCAGGGCACCAAAUCAUCGCCGUACAAGAACUUCACUCGAGCAAACACACACAGUGCACUACCAAACGCACACACGAUCAAUGGCAGACACGCGCCCGCCUAUGGUAACAGGAUAAUCAAGACGCUCUCGCGAGGGAAUAGCUUGUCUGCGUCCAGUCUGUCCCAAAUCAAUGACCCAUGGAACAAUACCAUGAAGAAGUCACCCGAUGGCAUGCACCACUCGGCUCAACACAGGGGCGAGUACAGGCACAGUGUAGGGUACCCUGGGAACGACGCGUGCCACAGGACCAUCAGUACUAACAGCAACAGUCUAUGCAGUCUCAGCACGAGUUUGGGGGAUGCCAGCCAGACGAGUCUGAAGGCCACUAACAAUAGCGGUACCAACACCGGUAUCCAGGACGGUACAAGCUUGUCCACUAGUAUGGAUUGUGACAGAAGCUCUGGCACUCACACGCAGGCGUAUUCUCUGGGGAGACCACCCGUAGCACCUUCUGCUGCAAAGGCGACACUAUACCAACGGUGUCACUCCACCGACGAUGCGGGUCGGGGUGCGGAGAAGCAUAGCCUAGAAAGCAGCAGCAUGGUAGGCGUACAGGUAGACGGUCACGGUGCAGCGGCUGGGAGGGCUAGCACUGUGAGUUUAGGUAGUCGCAAGGACUAUACCGGUCCAAACACAGGCGAUGUUGGGCCAGGGCUGAGUGACGAGUCCAUGGUGGGGCAAGGGGUGUCCUAUGGGGUGUACCACCGCAACAGUGUGUCAGAUACCUCGUUGGGCUCUGGCAGUAUGAAACCUAGUCAGGAGUUGGCUGGAGAGGUGUCUGCCAGUUCCACGCAGACACGCGGGUAUGAGCCUCAACAGCAACAGCAACAUCCGAACUACAGCCAACAGAACCAACAAGAACAGCACUACAUACAGCAACAGCAACAGUAUAUACAACAACAACAACAACGACCCAAACAACAUAGUAGUGUGGGUGUGCCGACACGCGUGACUGCCCCGCUACGCACAAAAACGUCUACAUCAUGCACAAGCAGUCGCACAUCACUGCCCAAACUAUUGGCUCGAAAUAAGAUCAAGCAACGGAAGCCUCUGAAGGACCCCAAAGGGAACGACGAACAAGCACGGCGGAAAUUACAGAUACAGCAACUGUCGCAGCAGCAGACACAGCUGCAAACACAUCAACUGCAACAACUGUGCGAUUCGCUAGCCGAAGGGGAGACUACGGAGUUGGAGAUUCGCAUGUUUGAGCAGUUGCAGAUACAGUCGCAGCCCAACAGCCUGCGUGUGAGUCGAAGCAGUUCGUUAUCGAACAAUCGUAGCAAAGCCUCUAUUCCGUCGGCCAGCUCGUCGGCGAGUACUUCCUCCGGGGCGUUCGACAUGAGUUUAUACAGCAGUAGCGUAGAAAUGGAUAUCCAAGACGCUGUGGGAUAUGGAAAUUGUCCAGAAAUCAACGUAGUGAACGGUGAUGGCGCUGUGCAUGAUUGCGGAGGCCAGAAAGCGCUUGGAGGUCUUUUAAAGUGCGUGUCCGAUGUUCUGGGUAGAGCUUUGAAUGAUUACGCUCCAUCGCAACACGAUGCAGUGUUCACACACGUGCCUGACAAUGGAGCAAUCGGAACUACUAGUAUGAGCCCUCCCUCAGCGGUAUCUCGGCACAACAACGGUCAGUAUACGUCCGCAGAAACGAACACAACGGCCCAAAUUCUGGGCGAGAGUGGUGCAGCUUAUGGUGCAGGUGCCGAGCCCAACAAACGACCAAAGCGUCGGUUCAAUAUGCAUCUCAAUAAAACGAGACGCCUGGCUGCCCAUUUGGAGGAGCCCCAUAUGCAGUCCCAAUCGGGCUGUGCGCGCAGUAACGGGAACAAUGGACAGCCAUACUCGUGGGAGGGUGAGCAUAACGCAUGGCAGAGCCUGAUGAAGGAGCAACAGUCGGGUUUGCAUAGACCUUAUCUGAAUUCAUAACGCGGCGAGAAUAUAUAGGCGAAUAACAGAUAAAAUUUUAUUUUAGUG